UAAUUGAACCGCAGUCCUGUGGGAAUUUCGAAUUUCCUAAGGGAUAGUUUUUCUCCUAAGCAUCCCUCUAAAUAGUUGAACCAAUGCAGCAGCAGCUACCCGUCUUAAGGAUUGCCAUAAUUGGAUCUGGUGGAGUUGGUAAGAGUGCUUUAACUCUCCAGUUUAUGUAUGAUGAGUUUGUUGAGGACUAUGAACCUACAAAGGCCGAUUCAUACAGGAAAAAGGAACGUUUAGACGGUGAGGAAAUACAAUUCGAUAUUUUGGACACUGCAGGUCAGGAAGAUUAUAACGGUAUCCGAGAUUAUUAUUUUCGAAGUAGUGAGGGAUUUCUUCUGGUAUAUGCUAUUGAUGACGAAGAAUCCUUACGUGCUCUGCCGAUGUUUCAUGAACAGGUAGUUCGUAUCAAGAAUUGUGAACAACCACCAAUGUUAAUUGUUGCUAAUAAAUGUGAUCUAAAAGAUCCUAAGCAAAAAGACUAUACAUUGCAGGGCAUGCAAUAUGCAAAAUGUUGGGGCGUACCUUUUGUGGAGACAUCGGCAAAGAUGUGUUGUAAUGUGGAUAAGGUAUUUAUUGAAAUAGGUCGAGAAAUUCGUCGAUCUCAGUUGGCUAGCAUACAAUACCCAAAACAAGUUACAAAACACAAACGAAGAAAAAAGUGUACAAUCUUGUAAAAGCUCUUAAGUUUCUUCAACAGUGCAUGCACUUUAUACUUUUGUUGAUUUGUUCGUUCGUGUGUGUGUGUGUGUGUGUGUUUGGAGUGAGUAAACUCCAACACUUCUAUCCUUAUAUAUGCGCUUUUGGGAAAUAAGUCUAGGCAUCUGACUAAAAAAGAAAAAUGAUUUUUAAGAAAGCUGAAUGAAAGAAAAUUAUUCAUCGCCCAAUAUGAUCAUUUUCUUAUUUCAUAAGAUAAUGCAAUAUCCCGAAUCCCCCUUCAUAAUUGCUGACAAACAAUUUUAUCUGUUCGCUUUCAAUCUGCCUGCUCCUCUUCGUCUGUCUGUGUCUCUGCGUGGGUGUGCGCGUGCGCGCGCGCUUGUUAAUUUGUAUGUAAAAAAUUCAUUUAUUCUCAUUCCUUUCAAGUACUUUUAAGAAGUAUUAUUGGUUGUGUUGGUAAAACUGUUAGAGAUACAAUAGGCUUAUAUUGGAAUUUAAUAGAGAUAUGAGUGUAUUCUUCACCUGUAAUAUCCGGUGAUCACGUCUUUUUGUCGACGUAUGUUAUGCUUGCUGUUUUGAUUUUUUUUCUUUUUUCCGAUGCAUCAAUACUUUUCUUAAAUUCCUUACUAA